AUGCUACACUUUGCAGGGUAGCUUAUUUAUGAUGAGGAUGGUAAUCAAGAAUAAUAAGCUAACAAUCUAGUUCCAAACAGACCUAAUCCAUAGCACGAUAAUUAAUAAUCUUGGAAAACAAUUGUGGUUCUUAAGAGAAUAAGCUUUAUUCUUCUCUUUAUAGUGUAUCCAUUCUUCACUGUGUGGAGUUUUGUUGGAACUGCUUGGUUUGUUGCCUCAACUUAAGAGACUCCAGAAUGUAUGAGAAUAAAUGAUGUGGAUAAUGAGAUUAUUGAAAAUGCAAGAGCAAAUGUCUAGGAAGAAGCACAAAAGAGACUAGAGACAAUAAAGACGCUUAAUGAAUAUGGGAUUUAUUACAUGCUGAGGGGUAUCUAAUAAGCUGAAUUUAUGAAGAUUAAAACUAUAAAUUAUAGGCAAAUUCAUGAGACUAUAGGAUUUUCUAGAUGCAGUAUUUGUCUGAAUGAUUUCGAACUUAACAAAAAGGUAAAGCAAUUUCCAAAAUGUGAGCAUCUAUAUCAUAUUAACUGCCUUGAUCUUUGGAUGAAUAUUGAGGCUAAUUGUCCUAAUUGCUUAAAAACCUAUGUUGAGAAUUAGUACUCAGCAAGCAUCUCAAGUUUGAGCUAAGUAAAUGAUACACUUCCAACUGAAUACUUGAGUAGCGCAAGAUUUUAAUAACAGUCUUAAGUUCCUAUCAAUAACUUCCUUGUACCCCCAAUGCAAAGAAUUGAUUUAAAUGGAAAUGGACAAAAUAAUCUCCUUAACACCCCAAGACCUCAAAGAGCAAAUCUAAGUGGAUAGCUUCAAAAUUUGUCAGAACCUUUGUUGCAACAACCUUGA